CAGACUUACUACACCCAACAUCUCACAUAACAAGGCCUGGACCACAACCAUGAGUCUAAGGAGCAAACGCAGUAGUUCUCGCCCCGGCCUCUACACCUCUUCCUCGGGCUUCAGCAGCAUGUCCAUGGGCUCCUACAAUAUCCCACGGAUCAGCACCGAAAUGAACCAAGUCCCCUCCAUCAGAGCAGUCACCGUAAACAAGAGCCUCCUCACUCCAGUCGAUGUCACCAUUGACCCCACGGUGCAGGUAGUCCGCACUCAGGAAAAAGAGCAGAUCAAGAGCCUCAACAACCGCUUUGCCUCCUUCAUUGAUAAGGUGAGACACUUGGAGCAGGAGAACAAAAUGCUGGAGACCAAGUGGAAGAUGUUGGAGGGCCAGACCCGGGCCACCUCUAAUGUUGAGCCCAUGUUAAAGGCCUACAUCGCAUCUUUGCAAAAACAGCUUGAUCUUCUGAACCAAGACAAAACUCGAUUGGAAGCGGAUAAUGAAGUUAUGCACAAAAGCGUUGAUGACUACAAGACAAAGUAUGAAGAUGAGAUCAACAAGAGGAAUGAUACUGAGAAUGACUUUGUUUUGCUCAAAAAGGAUGUUGAUGUAAGUUAUUUGUCCAAAGUGGAGUUGGAUGACAGGGUGAUUUCAAUCGCUGAAGAACUAAACUUUUUCAAGGCCAUGUAUGAUGCGGAAAUCCGUGAGCUUCAGCAGAACAUGAAGGAUACAUCUGUGGUGGUGAAGAUGGACAACUCCCGUGACCUCAACAUGGAACAGAUCAUUGCUGAUGUAAAGAACCAAUAUGAGGACAUCGCUAGCCGCAGCCGAGUGGAGGCCGAGAACUGGCACAAGACUAAGUUUGACAAGAUGACAGCUGAGGCUGACCAGUAUGGAAAUGAGCUGAAGAACAGCAAGUCAGAAAUAUCAGAGCUCACAAGAAUGAUCUGCCGCCUGAAGAAUGAGAUAGAGUCUGUAAAGGCACAGCGUGCUGCACUUGAGACUCAGAUCACUGAUGCAGAGGCACGUGGGGAGCUGGCCAUCAAAGAUGCUAAAGCCCGCAUCCACGACCUGGAGGUGGCGCUACAGAGAGCCAAACAGGACAUGGCCCGACAGCUGAGGGAGUACCAGGAACUCAUGAAUGUCAAACUGGGGCUCGACAUUGAGAUCUCCACGUACAGGAAGCUGCUGGAGGGAGAGGAGCAGAGGCUUGGUCAAGAAACAAUCUUAAACAUCCAGACAGUUCCCACCAGAAGCUACUCCAAGAAGAAGCUUGAAAAAAAGACAUCGGGUCCCAUUGUCAUUAAAACCAUGGAAACCAAUGAUGUGACAUACAACAACAUCAACUGAAAACAUGCAAAUUACAACAGAAUGUCUUUCUUACCAUAUGAAGCCACUGCAGCAUGAGCCAUAGAUGUGUUGACCUCC